UUCUCGUUCUCGCUUUGCGUUCAAUUGCUUGUCUGUAAUUUUGGGAACCGGUUGCAUUUUGAUCGCUGUGGCAGUAUGGGUCGGUCACAGAAAGGCGAACGAGGUGUUGAUGAAUGAUUAUGGGCUUGUUUUUUUUUUUUUUCCUUUUGAUUGAAACGCACGGUUGGUUGCUAUAAUUGCCUUGUUCGCUCACUUGAAAUUUUCUUUUUUGUUACAACACUUAUACCUCGAUCCUUUCUUUCCCUUUUACUACUAUCAAAAAAGGGAUUGGAGGGUCUUGUUCUUGGUAUUACAACACUUGACUACACUAUACGCACACAUGGAAGUUAUGAAGAGAUGGCACGGGCUGCGCUCGGCGAAAGAUUAAAACAUACAUUUCUAUAGACUGCUUUUUCAUUUGUUCUUUUUUUUUCUGUUUUUUUUUAUUGAGACUAGGAGGGUGAGUUGGAAGAGAUGAAGCGGGACUUGGAGUACCUCUUGAUAUUGAAGAUUAGUAGUAAGAUAGGUAAUAUAGCCCCAAAUGGAAAAAAAUUGAUACAUUUGUUUCGCUCUUUUAGUGAUGGCCGUUGAAACAUUCAAAAUUGAUAGUAUGUAUGACCUAAAAAGAAUUGGCCAUUGUUUCACACUCCCUUCGAUGGCCGUUUUGGUGGUGAGCACUUGUGAGGAGAAUGUCGCAGAGUCGGGAAUUUUGAAUGGAACUAUUGUUUGGGCUACCUAUUUACUAUUGCUACUCCUACCUACCGCUAAUACGGAGGGCCAAGGUGUGCUGCAUUCGGCGAAGGUCAUGUAGAUGGGAUCGGAAUGCCGAAAGAGGUUCGGGCCGGGAUGGGGCGUAUGCAAAGGUGUUUGGCUGUGUAAGCCCGAGGAUUCGGAUGGCGUUCGGAUCUACCAGCAAAUGCUCAGCAGUAUGGCAUUCAAUACUCGCACGUCUAUGUUAGUAUCUGUUCUAUGUGCUUUUGUGCCGUAUUUUCUUGUUAGAUGGAUGGUAGAUGAGUAUAUGCCCUCUUAUAGCUGAUAGCUUUGUCUGGUAGCACCAGCUGCCUUGAGCUUUAUCUCUGAUGUAAUUGGAAGAAGGCUUAUCAGUGCCUGAAUCCAGCUAGCUAAGGUAGCUACGUGCCCAUUCCGCUUUUAACCGCCUAAAGCAGCGAGACCUGAGAUCUAUCCGUUCCCCAUCCGGUUUGGGUAAAAAGGCCCAAUACGUACAGAAAGGCGAGACGAAAAAGAAGAAAAAAAAAAACCCUCCGAAAAUGAAAUGCUAGCGGGAGCCACGGAAACCGCAGAGUCCGGAGGGAGAGAUCAUUCCGGCGCUUUGUAUGGAGUCCGAUUGGCUGGAAUGGGGAGGAGGGCUUUGAGGAUCCACUUUGGGUUCGGCGGGGUCCGAAAAAAAUUCAAUGGUAAUGGUUGGGGGUGUUCUUUUCUUGCUUUUUUGUUACCUGUUUGGUUUGGUUUGGUUUUUUUGAGAUGCUGGCGAUCUUGGUCGG